GCGUCGCAGUCCGGCAGGGCAGGAUGAGCUCCCGGGCCGCCCCGCGGCUGCUGAGGCUCCAGCGACGCCUAGGACCCCAGGAGGGCAGCAGCAUGGAGCCUACGGACAGCCCACUGACCACCCAUGUGCUGGACACCGCCUCGGGGCUCCCAGCCAGAGGCCUCUGUCUCCGCUUGUCCUGGCUGGAGGACCACAGCCAGCAGUGGAUGGAGCUGAGGACAAGCUACACAGACCCAGAUGGCCGCUGCCCUGGACUCCUGAUGCCGGACCAGAUGAAGGCAGGCACCUACAAGCUCACCUUCGACACUGAGGGCUACUGGAGGAAGAGGGGGCAGGAAAGCUUCUACCCAUACGUGGAGGUUGUGUUCACCAUCACCAGCGACGCCCAGAAGUUCCACGUGCCCCUGCUGCUGAGCCCCUGGUCCUACACCACCUAUCGAGGGAGCUAGAGCGAAGACUGGCAGCAGGAGGCUGCCUGCCCUUUCCCGCACGCUGGCUGCACCCACCCAGCCCUCAGCAGAGUGGGCUUCAUGCUCAUCGGGGAGCACUGGUGUCACCAAUUCCUGGGGAAGUCUUGGCCCCCUGGAGAAUCCCACUGGGCGGCUGUGACUCAGGUGUCAAUAAAGUCAGUGCCAGCACCUGCAAA